AUGCCACCCACGGCUGUGGCCUCACCGCGAUGGUGGAGCCUCUUCGACCCUCGAACACGACAUGGUCAGAUCUAUCUCGUUCUGCUGGCACUCCGAUGCUACAGUGCACUGUUCGGAUACGGCUACAUUCAUCCAGACGAAUGGAUGCAAUCAGGCGAGCCAUACUUCGGCCUCAUGCUACCUGGCAUCGAUGUAGAGCUUCCAUGGGAAUGGCGACCUGAUCACGCGCUGCGUUCAAUAUCCACGCUCCACAGGCAGUAUCUUGUUGUCGAUGCACUCUCCAAAAUCGUCCGAAGGCUAGGCUCACUAUCAGGCCACUCCCUGUUUCUCAUUCAGCGAGCUAACAUGCUACUCUGGACUCUUUUGUUGGACAUCAGCGUUGCUCUGGUGCUGCCUCCGCAAACGGCACGAUACGUGCACUACCUCUUCGGCAUCUCCACCUCAGCAACCGCAUUCCUCGUCCGACCCUUGAGCAACUCGCAUGAAUCUCACCUUAUAGCAUUCUGCCUCCUGCAACUGCUAUCCUUUUAUAAAGACCGCAAAUGGUACAAGCUCUCCGCCAUUGCCGGAAUGCACUGGGGUGUCUUCCUCGCCACAGUUGCCGUGGACGGAUUCUUCACCCGCUUCACUUUCGCAAUCUUCGCGCUUCCCCUCGCCAUCUUCUUCCUCUACCGCCUCGCAAGCAUCGCAGCGGGAGGCUACCGUCGUCCAGCACUCAUGACGCUAGUUAUCACUGCAAUUGUGACGCUUAUGUGUGUCUGGUCUACUGUCGAUGUCGAAACGGUGCAGUAUACAAAACUCGCAAAGUUGAAUGGGUACGAGGUGGCAAGUCUGUGGGGAACAGGAUGGGUGAUCCCGCCGCUGAAUGCGCUGCUGUAUAACGUCAAGACGGACAAUGUCGCUCAGCAUGGUUUGCACCCGAGAUGGUUGCAUGCUGUGGUGAAUCUGCCGAUGAUGGUCGGGGUGGCUAAUGUUGGCGUGGUGGUGAUGUACGGGUGGCACUUUGUUCGCAACCGGCGGUCGUUGUCAGCAGAAAGAGCCACAAGCGAGGCUGGCAGGAGACAAGGCGAAAAGGAGGGCGAAAGGAUCCAGCACUCGACAGGCGAUGCCCCUUCGAACAUUGCCAUCUCACCAAGUCAGCCAGGCGCCUCUUCGACCGCUUCACUACCGACCUCAGUUGAGGAGGAAGCACCAUACAUCGACCUCGAACCGAUCACAAUCACGCUCUGUCUCGGCACCAUCGUCUUCCCGCUCCUCGUCCUCUCGCUCUCCCCGCAUCAAGAACCACGCUUCUUGCUCGCGCUCGUCUUUCCCUCCACCGUCAUCAUGGCGUACGCGCUGCAGUCCCCGCUGCUCACCUCACGCCCGCGCCUGCUGCGCACACUCUGCGUGCUCCACGUGGUGCAGCACACGCUGCAACUCGUCUUGUUCUCCUUCCUGCACCAGGGUGGGCUGCUGCCCGCACUGUUCGACAUCGACACCUCUAUCGCCAAGCUUCCGUUCACCGGAGAUUCGCUGUUCGAGAGGUACGAGCACCACUUGGUGUACCGCACGUUUUCUGUGCCCUUCCAUUUUCUCCCGCGCAAGGGAACGGGGCUGUUCCCACGCGUCGAACACUUCACCUCCGAGUCUACCCCGGCCUACAUCGUGCACUCGGCCAGCAUCGCGUGCAACUUUACCUGGGUGUAUGCGCCGACGUGGAUCGUGCCGACAUUGGAAGCAGAGGCGGACAAGCAGGGGAGGGUGCAGCUGGUCAAAGUUGGGCUGUUUGGCGGUCAUGUGGAUAUGGAUCAUCUCGGCGAGAGUUGGCAGGCGGUGGCAAGGGUAGGAUUCAAGGAGGCGUUUGCUAUUCAGAAGCUCGAGGUGCAAUGCUUGACCGGCAAAGGCGCGAGUCAAGAAGAACAGCAGCAGUCACCCGAACACACACCACCAUCGCAUCAGGACUUGUAA